CCCCUCUGUUUUUUUUUUUUCUAAAACUUGCCACUCUUUCUCUCUCUAUUUCUCUCUGCCUCUCUUCAUUUUUAGUAGCUUGAAAAAAGGACCAACUUUUAACACCAACCAAACAGUCCGUCAUAAUUAAGCAAACUUAGUUCUCACUCAUCACCUGGCUACAACCAUGACUGCUUUUGCACUUACCUUGCUGAUUCUCUUGGCCAUGGCUGGCUAUUCAAGUGCAGCUUAUUGUGUAUGUAACUCUGCAUUAAGUGACACAGUUCUUCAAAAGAACAUAGACUAUGCAUGUGGAAAUGGUGCUGAUUGUGCUCAAAUCCUUCAAAAUGGUGCUUGUUAUAACCCUAACACUGUCAAAGAUCACUGCAAUUAUGCUGUCAAUAGCUAUUAUCAAAGAAAGAGUCAACUUGGUGGAAGUUGUGAUUUCUCAGGCACAUGUACUGUCAGCCAAACAGCCCCUGCUGGUGCAAUUUCAGCUUGUUAUGCUGGGAGUGCCAGCUCCACUACCCCAGCUUCACCUGGGACUGGGACUGGAACGGGCACAGGAACCGGAACUGGAACUGGAACGGGGACAGGAACAGGAACUGGAACUAACCCGGGUACGGGCACAGGCACGGGUAUAGGGAUGACCCCACCGUUUGGGCUUGGCCCAUCAGGAGGCACGACUGACACCAGUGGUGCCGAGUCUUCCAUAUCGUUUACUUUACUAUCUUUUUUGGUCCCGGGCUUGAUCUUAUGGUUAAGGUUGAUCUAAUGACAAUUCUUAUCAAUGUAUGGUUGUGGUCUAUCCAUAAAUCCAGUUGUAAUUUACGCGGUGGUCGGUUUUAGUAGGAAAUGGAUUAUUGGUUGUAUUCCAUUAGACUAUUAGAGGGUAUUUUUUUUU